UACAAUGCUGAAGGUAGGCUUGGUUCCACGCUCGUGUAAGUCCCUAAAGGCUUCCACUGAUUUCACCAGCUGCUGUUUGCUCUUUGACUCACCAGUAUUGCUCUUUAACUGGCAAGGUGUCUGUGUGAGACUGCAGGUGCCUGUCAAGGUGAACAGGGGAAGGCUGUACUCAGAAGAGAUUACAACACCUCGCAGAACUCGCCAGACAAUUGAGCCUAUCUCCAAGUUUUCUGGCAGCCUUUUUGAUACUGAUGACAAGAUGAGAGAUCGAAGAAACACCAGACCAUCUCUUCAAGAAAAGCACAGAUCAGCAAUGAAAGGGAAGAGUAACCUCAGGGUACAGCCACCCAGCUCAGCAGCAGGCUGCUUCCCCAGUGAGAGUGGCCAGAUCCUGGAGGAACUGAGGGCAGUGGAUGUGCCACAGCCCCCACUGAAGAUAACCAUUACUGUGUGCAGUCAAAUGGGGAGUCUUGGUAUUAGCAUUGCUGGUGGAAAGGGCUCAUCUCCAUGUAAAGACAAUGAUGAGCAGGGGAUGGUGACUGCACGGCUGCCGAAAGAUGGUCCAGCAGACUUGGCUGGGGUUCAAGCAGGAGACAGAGUGGCAGAGGCAUCCCUUGCUUCAGAACGUGAUGCCCUUCAUGCUGGUCCUACUGAAGCUUCAUCCAAGGACAGCCCCUGUCCAGCAGUAAAUCACAUCAUAACAAUACCUCGGAUAAUCCUCACACGCCCUUCCACUUCUGAUGAAGACAUGGACCAGGUGCCCCCAGACCCAGAUGACUUUGAACCCGAGGAGCUCGACAGCGGAGAAGGCCAUACCUAUUUGGACUCUUUGAACAGUGCUUUUUAUCCUCCCUAAUAAAAGACUUUUCAGAGAGUAGUUGAAUGGUGAUUUUUCUUUCCCAUUGUUCAGUUGCAUUUAAUGUAGCACUUGAACCACUAUGCCUUAUUUGUGGGGAAAAACCAUUGCAGUGAGCAUGGAUUAGAGCUGGGGCAGCAAAACCCAUGUCUCAUUUUCUUUGCCUUGAGCCUUCCUUCAUCCAGAAACAAAAUGCAUUGAGUGAGGUUAUGUGAAUGUCACCUUGUGGGUUUUUUUUUUUUGCUGGCUGUUUUUAAGGGCAUUCUGUGUCACCUAGAUGCAGCGAUGAAAAGAGCAGAUGAUUUUAAUCCAGAAAGUACUUUACCCAUGUGGAGACACACUGGAAACAGCUGCACAGUUUGAGGUUUUCUAGAAAUCUUGUCUGUGUUUUGUCUGUGUAGCUCACCCUUUUGUCUGUCCUUGGGUUCCUUUGAAUUGUCCAUUUUAAUGUUGUUUUUUAUGAGAAUAAACCGAUCCUUUUUCUGUCCUUUAAA